AAAUCAAAUCGCGGCUUCUGCCAGCAAAACACUGCAGCAGCUGGUAGCUCCGAGUUAGGAAGGAAUUCGGGAGGCUGUGCCUCCGGGUUGCGCGGAGCGUCCAAGUCAUGUCUCAGAAACCUCUGAUAGGCGGACCUUAGGGGAAACGCUGCCGAGCGCCACAAGAAGCAGAAAGUGCACCCCUGGCUGCCGGGGAGACUGCCUGGAGGAGGAGGCUGUGCGUCUGCCAGACGAGCCUGGAAGGACGCUUCCUGCGUGAGGAAGAGAGGGUCGGUAGAAGACGGCGAAACCACCAGGAGACAUGGCUUCCGGCUCGGGCCUCGCGUCGCAGCAGCUCCGCUCUGAGCCAGGCGUGCGCCACUAGGACAGCGGCCAUGGAUGGAGCCCACGGCCCAGCCCUGCAGGUGCAGCCGCUCCUGCCCACCAGCAGUGCCACCCCCGUGAGCGAGGGAUCCUUCUCCUACAAGGAAAACUUGAUUGGCGCCCUCCUGGCCAUUUUCGGGCACCUGGUGGUCAGCAUUGCUCUUAACCUCCAGAAGUACUGCCACAUCCGCCUGGCAGGCACCAAGGACCCCCGGGCCUACUUCAAGACCAAGACGUGGUGGCUGGGCCUGUUCCUGCUGCUCCUGGGGGAGCUGGGCGUGUUCGCCGCCUACGCCUUCGCUCCGCUCUCGCUCAUCGUGCCCCUCGGGGCAGUCUCUGUGAUAGCUAGUGCCAUCAUAGGGAUCAUAUUCAUCAAAGAAAAAUGGAAACCGAAAGACUUCCUGAGGCGCUAUGUCCUGUCCUUUGUUGGCUGCGGGCUGGCCGUCGUGGGCACCUACCUGCUGGUGACAUUUGCACCCAAUAGUCACGAGAAGAUGACGGGCGAGAACGUCACCAGACACCUCGUGAGCUGGCCUUUCCUCUUGUACAUGCUCCUGGAGAUCGUGCUCUUCUGCUUGCUGCUGUACUUCUACAAGGAGAAGAACGCCAACAACAUCGUUGUGGUUCUCCUACUGGUGGCCUUGCUCGGCUCCAUGACGGUGGUGACGGUCAAGGCCGUGGCCGGGAUGCUGGUCCUGUCCAUCCAAGGAGACCUGCAGCUCGACUACCCCAUCUUCUACGUGAUGUUCGUGUGCAUGGUGGCUACCGCCAUCUAUCAGGCCGCGUUUUUAAGCCAAGCCUCCCAGAUAUACGACUCCUCCCUGAUUGCCAGCGUGGGCUACAUCCUGUCCACGACCGUGGCCAUCACAGCAGGUGCCGUCUUCUACCUGGACUUCGUCGGGGAGGACGCACUGCACGUCUGCAUGUUUGCACUGGGGUGCCUCAUCGCAUUCCUGGGUGUCUUCCUCAUCACCCGGAACAGGAAGAAGGCCAUUCCAUUUGAGCCCUAUAUCUCCAUGGAUGCCAUGCCAGGUAUGCAAAACAUGCAUGACAAGGGGAUGGCAGUGCAGCCCGACCUCAAAGCGUCUUUUUCCUACGGAGCCCUGGAAAACAACGACAGCAUCUCUGAGAUCUACGCGCCUGCCACGCUGCCAGUCAUGCAAGAAGAACACGGCUCCAGAAACGCCUCUGGGGUUCCCUACCGAGUCCUGGAACACAGCAAGAAGGAAUGAGCGCCUGGGGCCGGGCUCACCUGCCCUGCGUUUGUGACUCUUCAGGCCCAGCUGGCGGUGGUCCGGCCCUGAGUCCUCGCUUGCCUUUCCAAGUCUGCUUUUUAAAGGGGCAGGCGUGAUGGGAAGGCUUUGUCUGGCACAGACGUGUUGUCUUGGUCUUGCACAUUUCCAGUGGAGAGGGUGAGGGCCCCGGGUGAAAGCCACAUUCCCUGUGGGCAGGAGGAGCGAGCCUCUGCCGCCCUCUAGGGCGCUGAGUGUCCCCCAUCAAGGACCAAAGGCUGCCACCUGCUCGGAGCUGGCGUAAGGCAGAGUGUGCUUUCACUCUUCUAAGUCCGUGUCUUCCUCUGCCUGUCGUGUGUAAGCGUCUCAGCCCAUGCCCGCCCCCAGGUCCGUGUGUGCGGUGACGUCCACGCCAGGUGCAAGACGCCAUUCUUCACGCUCGGCAGGUGCGUCUGCCUUCGGAGUGUCUGCUGAAAUGCGCUUGAUGUGUGUGUGUGUAAUGGAUCUGCUCCGAAACGUGGUCUGGGGCCCGUGAAAACUCCUGAUGGCUGUUCUCUCCCCCAAGGAACUGGGAAGUCGGGAAAGGAGGAGGAAUAGGAGCCAGGAGGGCUGAGACUUCAGCCGCAAACGGAGAAUAGUCCCCUGAAUCUCACAAAAGGCAAUAGCACCACAUAUAAAAGGAGAGUCGGAAAAUCUGGCUGUUUGAUUGGCUACUUCUUUUCCUCCCUGCAACCCAUGCCCUCCAGGAAGAUCGGGGUGGAGUGGGCUGUUUUUGGAGACAACCGCUCAGGCGUGCGCUGUGAGCGCCUUCUCUCCUCUGCAGAGCCACGCACUGAGCACUGGUUCACUUCCCCAGGGUCCUCGUGCCCUACAUGCGUGUCUAGGAGAAGCAAGCCUCCCCCCAAAGCGGGGCUGUCGCCUCCUUUCCAGCUGCAGCCACGAUGGAGCUCCAUAGACUUCAGAGGAAGGCAAGUCAAGCUUUGUCAACGUGAACGAGCGUGAGGACCCCUAGGAGUCCGCUUAGAAGACGUCCCCACACCUCCGCUGCAGGUCCUCUGAGUAAGCGGGACGGGCAGGGGCCCAGGGUCUGCACCCAGAACUAGCUCCACCAUUGACCGUGACACCUGGAGUCCAGAUGACGCACCUUGAAAGCUUAGCCCGGGGCCAGCGGGGUGGGCCGAGACCCCAGCUCCUUUCCCCGCCAGCCUCCCGCUAGCAGGUUGGGUGAAUCCCGUCAGAGCUCCAUCCAGGAGAUGCCGCUUCCUCUGCACCUGCUGCUUCCCAGGGCAGCUCAACCCACAGGCAACGCGACAGUGUUCACAGACAGUGUUGAGAGAUCACUGAUCUUCACGGAGUGUGCUUCUUGCUGACUCAGCACCUUGCUUUUGAAAACCCCGACCUGUUGCCGCGAUAACCUCUUCUGUAGCGUGUCUUAAGCGUCUCAGAAGGCAACAGUUAGCUUUUGCCCUUAACGUGGGUAUCAGCUGAAUUUAACAAUCUCGACACGGCACCGGCUGGGCACUCAGCACCCGGAGGGUGAAGCUACAAAGCUAAGACAGAUGAGCAUGGGAUUAAAAGCUAAGUUUUUUUUGGUGCAAAAAUAUUUUGAAAUCCCUGUGAAUGGGGGAGGUCUUCGAAAAGUUUAUGAACUGCGUAUAAUGCAAAACAAGCCAUGGAUUUCAAAUAUCUCUGGCACCCUAAAAAGUCAUCUUUUAAUUCUGUUUUCCACACACUGUAGAAGUGCCCUCCUGGUUCCCGCCCCGCAGGUCAGCAGGGGCGGGAAUCCGGGCCCUGGUGGGUGUGGACUGCAGGCACGGCCCUCAGAAAAGGACAGCUGCGCAGGCUCUGCCCAAGGUUGAGUUCUGAGCCCAAGGGGGAGCCCAGAGUCGGGGGCGGUUUGGGCCCCAUUCAUGGUCGAUGGCAAACCCAGCUGAGACCCGCGCAGAGCGUAGAGAGCCGGCGAUCCAGCGGGGCCUACCUUUUCGAGGGCACAGAGAUUAGGAACAGGGCUUGGAAAAGCAAGGAGGCUGGGGAAGGUGGUAGGAGAUGAGCCUUGGAGGCCAAACCGCAGAGGGUGGAGAACACCUGGCUGGGGGAGCUCAGGGUAUCCUAGAGGGCAUGGGAGCCACUGAUGAUUCGAGGGGAAGCGGACGGCGGGACCAGCUGGGGCCGGGAGGAAGGCCUUGUUGAGUGUGGAGGAAGAAUCCAAACAGUGGUAAAUCGUCUUUCCAGGUCAGACUCUGAGCCUGGAAGAACAAAACACAAAAGAGGAACUAAGAUCGUGUCUGGUGCCAUUCGGCCCCUCCCCACUUCACAAGUGGUUUCCCCAAGCCUGAGGGUACGGGUGGUGUGGGUAAAGUGAAGGUGACUGGGGAAGCCACCUGCGAGGGCCGCGCCAGGUGACCCGUAGUCACGUGGGCCUCCCAAGCUUCCUCUUCCUCACUCCUUCCUCUUCGUGCCGGGCCUCCUCCCUCCCCGAGGGCCAGUGGCUGUCCAGGAAGGAGCAGGUCAAAGUGCAUUGUCAUUUCAGGCUUGCUGCAGUGUGGGGGCCCCCAGGAGCUGCCGCUGGGGCCUGGGCCGCUCCCCGGCCUCCCAAUCUGAGUCCCCAGAGGCUGGGCAGGAGGCUGUGUGGGCCGGGUGUGACUCCUGGGUCUGCUGGGGGCUGGCCGCUUGCAGGCCCUGGCCCCGGGUAUAGGCGGGCCGUGCGCCCGUGGCGGUGCAGCCCUGGCUGUGGGCACAGGGAAGAGGAAGGGCAACGCGCCGUUCACAGCCCCGCCCCUGUGUUCUCACUCGCGAUUCUGAAAUCCCCGGCCCUCUUGAAUCUCUCAGCCACGGGUGGGUGCCCGGCUCCUUCCUGGCAGCCAAGUCCUUACAGCACGGGCCCCAGACGUGGGCUUGCACUUCCAUCCUCCUCUGUUCUUCCUCUUUCCCCAACCCCCACUGUGUCUCCCUCCUCCCAAGGCUGAGGUUCGGGGUUCCCUGACUGGACAUUAGAAGAAGCUCUUCACCUCCUGGGGCCUUCAAGGACCGAAGCCCCAGCCAGGCCUGAUGAUGUCAUCACGUGACAGGGUGGACUGGAACUCUGGGCGGGAGAGAGAAGGCUUUUCUUGUGAAUACAGGCUGCCUGUCAGAGCGGUGGGGACCCCACCCCUCCACCCCCCAUCCUGCAGUCUUGUGACUUUCAAAUCUGGUCAAAUUUCAAAUGCUUAUGGAUAGGCAAAAUAAAUAAAUAAAAGUUACCCUGAGGCGGUGUAAACAAAGUCACUUUAAAGUAUAGUCUGUGUGGCCACUUGUAUUUUGUUAACCGCAUAACCAAUAUGGCAUGUCUUAUUUUUCAAAACAUUUGUGUGCUAUGGUGCAAAUAGCAUUAUGAAAUAGUAUUUAAUUAAAAAAAAUCCAUGCAAUA